AUGAUAGCUAACCGGAGCGAUGGACACAAAUCUGUGUAUGAUUUGGAAUGGAUUACAAGCCAGACCAAGGUGGAAAGUGGACCUCAAGAAGUACUGUGGUCCGGGGACGUGUCACGAGAGGUAGAACAUGUGACAGCCGAAGAAGUGAAGUCUCAACGUGGCAUUACUAGGCUGGUCAAGUCACUUCUGCAGUACGGAGUUGGGUUUGUCACUGAUGUGGAGCCGAGCGUAGCUGCCACUGAGGAAGUGAUCCGCCAUGUUGGUCCUCCGCAGCACACCCUGUUUGGAGCAAUGUGGGAGUUCAGUGACCAGAUGGAUCAUCUGGACACAGCCUAUACAAACCUAGCGUUAGACCCUCACACUGACACUUGCUACUUUAUAGAGCCUGCAGGAUUGAUAAUCUUCCAUUGUAUCAAAAGGAACUGUUCAGGAGGUCAAACACUUCUGGUGGAUGGGUUUAGAGCCGCAAGACAAGUUGAGGUUGAGCAUCCUCAACAUUACGAGUGUUUGAAGACUGUUCACACAGAAUACCAGUACAUAGAGAAGGGCUAUCACCUGUCACAAAUGACCCCUGUCAUCAGCCAUUGGCCUGAAGGAAAGAUUAAACAAAUUAGAUACAACCUGUAUGACCGAAGUGCCAGGCAGGUUCAGCCAAGUAGUGAGACAUCACAGUUCUACAAGUCCCUCCGCAGCCUCACCUCUGCAGUAGUGAACCCUGCAGACCAGUGGAGACUCACUCUACUGCCAGGGACUGUAGUCUUCAUCAACAACUGGAGAGUGCUGCAUGGCAGGUCAGCCUACACUGGGGCUCGCACUAUCACUGGCGCAUACAUCACUAUGGGCAACCUGCUUAGUCGGGCUAGGCUGUUGAGGCUGCUACUGUGAUAAGGAUUGUUUACUACAGAAGUUUUAGCAGCAGAUUUAAGUUUACCAAAGGUUAAAAGUUUAGCCAGAAAACAAGCAGGGAGUUGGAAUAAUUAAGUUUACCAAUUCUGAAAGGGGCAGACUUUGACUUUUUAAGAUCUAGUCUUAGAUUAAUUUGAUCGGAGUUGCAAGAUAAUCAGUUCUACAAGGUCAUAGCUAGGUGAAAUAGGAGGGCUUAGCUUUAUUCAGGAACAAUUAGGGGCCCAUAGCAAGAAGACUGAACAUAAAUACAGAGUUACUACAAGGAAAAUUAUUACUUUAGUUUUCAUAGAUCCCCUUACUUUUAUUCACACAAGAGAGGGCUGACAUAUUUUUUAAACUUAAAUGUUUCGAAAUUGCAUCAGUGGUAAAUAACUGGGACAGCAACAAAAAGAAAACUGGUUUU